AUGCCGUCGCUCUUGCUCCUAUCCCGCCGUAUCCUCUCCCUCACUACCCGCCUUCACCUCUCCUAUUCACCUCACAGUCACUCAGCCCCACCCUGCGAUCUCCUCUUCCUUACCUCCCCGCCGUCGCCUCUCCCUCCUCCCCGCCGUCGCCUCUCCCUCCUCCCCGCCGUCGCCUCUCCCUCCUCCCGGCCGUCGCCUCUCCCUCCUCCCCGCCGUCGCCUCUCCCUCCUCCCCGCCGUCGCCUCUCCCUCCUCCCCGCCGUCGCCUCUCCCUCCUCCCCGCCGUCGCCUCUCCCUCCUCCCCGCCGUCGCCUCUCCCUCCUCCCCGCCGUCGCCUCUCCCUCCUCCCCGCCGUCGCCUCUCCCUCCUCCCCGCCGUCGCCUCUCCCUCCUCCCCGCCGUCGCCUCUCCCUCCUCCCCGCCGUCGCCUCUCCCUCCUCCCCGCCGUCGCCUCUCCCUCCUCCCCGCCGUCGCCUCUCCCUCCUCCCCGCCGUCGCCUCUCCCUCCACCCGCCGUCGUCUCUCCCUCCUCCCCGCCGUCGCCUCUCCCUCCCAUCCGCCGUCGCCGCUCCCUCCCUCCCGCCGUCGCUGCUCCCUCCUCCCCGCCGUCGCCUCUCCCUCCUCCCCGCCGUCGCCUCUCCCUCCUCUGAUUUUCUAUCCCUCCUAACACCCCGCCGUCGCCAGUACAGCCCACCCAGCCGUCGCUCUCCCUCCCAUCCCCCGUAUCUCUCCCGGACUCCCCCCCGUCACCUCACCCUCCCACUCCGCCAUCGCCUCUUCCUCCCACCUCACAAUCACUCCGUCCCACCCCGCCAUCUCCUCUCCCUUACCUCCCCGCCGUCGGCUCUCCCUUACCUCCCCGACGUCGCCUCUCCCUCCUCCCCGUCGUCGCCUCUCCCUCCUCCCCGCCGUCGCCUCUUCCUCCUCCUCGCCGUCGCCUCUUCCUCCUCCCCGCCGUCGCCUCUCCCUCCUCCCCGCCGUCGCCUCUUCCUCCUCCUCGCCGUCGCCUCUUCCUCCUCCCCGCCGUCGCCUCUUCCUCCUCCUCGCCGUCGCCUCUUCCUCCUCCCCGCCGUCGCCUCUUCCUCCUCCUCGCCGUCGCCUCUUCCUCCUCCCCGCCGUCGCCUCUUCCUCCUCCCCGCCUUCGCCUCUUCCUCCUCCCCGCCGUCGCUCUCCCUCCUCCCCGCCGCUCCUCCGGCAACAGGUGCCUGGAGCGCAAUCGCGGGUUGGUGA